AACCCUCAGAAGCCAUGAAUCGCAGUCUGCUCAAACAUGUCUCUCUCUGCGCUCGCAAUCUUCUUCUCUCUCCAUCCACUUACAGGCCAAACCCUAGUCUCUCACUCGCCCCACUCGCCGCUUUGACUCUGUUUCGAGUCGGAAUCCACUCGUUCGAUCCUGUCUCAUUAAAUAAAUUGAUUUUGACACAGACCCAGGACAUGGUUUUCGUCGCCAAUGUUGAAGACGUCAGUGACGAAGAGCUGAAAAAGCGCAGACAAAGAUGCUAUGCCGACUUUUCAAAGGCAUCGCCGUCGCCGUUGAUCUUUAAAGUGAUUUCGAUGAGUAAAUUGGCAGGUAAGCAUGACGAGGCUGACAAGAAGGUGAUGGAAGAAAUUUGUGGGAAGAGGGAAGAUCCUCUGGACGAUAUUGAUGAUGAGGAGUCCAACUCCAAUGUCGACGAAUCAUCGAGCAAGACCGAUGAAGAUUUUGAUGAAUCCCAUGGAAAGAAGACUGUCAGGAAGACAAGGGCGAGGGAUGAGUAAAGUGCAUAAUGCAAGAGAUGCUAUGGGUGUUGAUUUUAUCUCACAAGCAUCCUUGAGUACCAUGUUCGGAAGUUCAAUUUCAGCAGGUUGGUUGAAUUGUUAUGUUAUGAGGGCGAUUUGUUUGUUUGUUUGAACGAUCAAAGUACAAUGCUUGAAAUUUAUGUUUCUGAUUAAUUAUUUAUUAAGAGCGGAGAAAACUUCCUUUUCUAUGUUUUCGUACUUUUCGAGCUUCAAAACUCUUGCGUCUAAGACCUGCUGCAAUGGAGUAUGAUUUUGCUGUCAUUUGACCUUGGGAGAAAAGGCAGAAACUAGCAAUGAAUGUCGAGCUAGAAUUUAUGCUUGCUCCAACUGCAAGAUCGAGGUGCAAGCUGUUCUUGUUUGAUGUGGUUAAUGCCACUUUUGGAUGAUACCAGGUUAGGGGAUUGGAGAAAAUUCUUGAUGACUCUCCAUAUUAGCAAACAAUGGAUUGGAACUAGAAUGAAAACUAGUCAAAGGUUACCCACAUUGU